CUACGCCUUCCCGGCAACAGGCUGAUAUCUCCCACAGACGAAGCAAAGUACCUAGGCGUAUAUAUCGACGCGGGCUUGACGUUCAAGCGCCAUGCCCAGUACGCAUCGGGGAAGGGUACUGCAGCGGCCACUGCGCUGGGACGGCUCGCGCGGCCUAGCUUCGGUAUGCCCCCUCGCUUUAUCCGCCAGCUCUUCCAAGGGUUGGUCGUCCCGCGCAUGGAAUACGCUCUCCCAGUCUGGUUCCGGCCAAUAACCUCGGGUGAAAGGAAGCGGGGAGGGACGGUCGCUUUUGCAACGCGCCUGGCGAAGGCACAGAGGCUGGCGUGCAAGAUCGCAACAGGAGCUCUCCGGUCGACGUCCACAGAUGCGCUGGAUUACCACUGCAACAUGCUACCCAUUGACUUGCGGCUCAACCUA